AUGGGGAUCCGGCAUCCUGUCUUUUUACGGCACGACGUCACCAAGGAAUUCAUUAAUAUCAAGCCGACGAAGGACUAUGAUUCCGUGAAGAAGUCGUUUAUGGAUAUUCAACGAAGAUGGGAAUGCAGUGAUACCUGUCUACAGCUCCGAACAGCGCUGAAGGAUAUUACGCUGCCCCAGGAUCUCAUAGUCAAUAAAAUUGUUGCAUUUGCAUGCGGCUCAAUUUCUGGUGACAGAAAUAGCCCUUCGGGUGCCUACCGGGCUGCAAAGUUGAGAGAAACGUCCUUGUAUCAACAUGCGAUGCUAUGCACGCUACAAGAUACCCUAAAAACGCGAAAAGGAUGCCACGAGGUCCAAUGCCUUGCACAGGAUCCUAUAUACACUAGCGUCGACUCAAAGGUCUUAGGAGAGGCUGGAAUUACCAUUGUUGAGGAUCCGGAAGGCUUCCUCCAGAUUGACGAUACGACUGUGGUGGUUUCGUUGUAUCCCAAUGCCCCUGUCAAGCAGGUAGUGGCGGACAUUUCUCGUCCAGCUGUGAUUAUAUGGGAUGUCUUUACUCACGAUGGUGAUGGCUUAACGGAUCCAGUAUCCUCUCGUGUUGAGGCUUUCAUGCAAGGCUUUUGCCAGGCAUAUAAGUUUCCGAGUGAUGACGACAAUAUGAUGGAUUUAGCUCUUUUCACGAGGGUUGAUAUCUAG